GGUUCCUCCGUCGCCCGGCAGCGCGCUUUCCCGCUCCUGCUGCAGGCUCUGGUGCCACCGCUGCCUCCGUCUCCACCGCGCACCCGUCGAGCCUCAAGAUGACCAACAUCGUGCUCUUCAGCGGCAGCUCACACCAGGACCUGUCCCAGCGUGUGGCCGACCGCCUGGGCCUGGAGCUGGGCAAGGUGGUCACCAAGAAGUUCAGCAACCAGGAGACCAGCGUGGAGAUUGGUGAAAGUGUGAGAGGCGAAGAUGUUUAUAUCAUCCAGAGUGGCUGUGGAGAGAUCAAUGACAACCUGAUGGAACUUCUCAUCAUGAUCAACGCCUGCAAGAUCGCAUCGUCGUCUAGGGUGACCGCGGUGAUCCCGUGUUUUCCUUACGCCCGCCAAGACAAAAAGGACAGGAGUCGUGCUCCGAUUUCUGCAAAACUUGUGGCCAAUAUGCUGUCAGUCGCUGGCGCAGAUCACAUCAUCACCAUGGACCUGCAUGCCUCUCAGAUCCAGGGGUUCUUUGAUAUUCCCGUGGAUAACUUGUACGCGGAGCCUGCGGUCCUGCAGUGGAUUCGAGAGAACAUCAGCGACUGGAAGAACUGUAUCAUCGUCUCCCCUGACGCAGGCGGGGCCAAAAGGGUCACAUCAAUAGCGGACAGGUUGAAUGUGGAAUUUGCGUUGAUUCACAAAGAGAGGAAGAAGGCGAAUGAAGUGGACCGGAUGGUCCUGGUGGGCGACGUGAAGAACCGUGUGGCCAUCCUCGUGGAUGACAUGGCUGACACAUGUGGCACAAUCUGCCACGCUGCUGACAAGUUGAUCUCGGCUGGAGCCACCAAAGUCUAUGCUAUCCUCACUCAUGGGAUCUUCUCUGGGCCGGCUAUUUCCAGAAUAAAUAGUGCCUCCUUUGAGGCCGUUGUUGUCACAAACACAAUUCCACAAGAGGACAAAAUGAUUCACUGCUCCAAGAUCCAGGUUAUUGACAUUUCGAUGAUCUUGGCCGAGGCGAUCCGCAGGACCCACAAUGGUGAAUCCGUGUCUUACCUGUUCAGCCAUGUCCCGCUAUAAAUCCAGGAUGGGAGCAUGGAGCAAGCCUGCUGGCUUCUGACUAGUGUGUUUGUAUCUGAUUUUGUAGCUUUAGGACUCAGCAAUUAGAACGCAAAAGCAUCAGAUCUUUGUAUCCUCCAAGAUCCACUGUUUCUCCUUCUAUAGCUUGAGAUCAUUUAUUUCCAGUUUGGGGGGAGGGCGGUGGUUAUUUGAUUUGUGAACGGUCAUAAAUCAGAAGUAUUUUUGUCAUCUUGACUUAUUCUGAUAGGUGACUUUUUCCUUUGUCUUGUCAGUAUUUUGAGGUCACAACUUUUGAGUAUAUAAAUGCCAAUGUGGAAGUUCAUAAUUUAUAUAUUUCAGGGUUGCCAAAAGGUGACUCUAGGAUAAAGACUUCUAUGUAGAUAUAUAAUGAUAAUGCCUAUGGACAUUUGGGUAAAACACUGUAUAAAAUGAGUCCUUCUAAGAAAACUUUAGAAAAUUUAUAAUACCGUGAUUUUUUGUUAUUGUUGUUAUUGUGCUUAAUUUGGACCAAAUUUUAUGUAGUUUAAGAUGACCACUCACACAUUUUUGGGUAAACAUUAGACAUCACCUCUUGUCCUGUUGUCUUAUUAUUUUAGGUGACGUUUUUAGCUCUACCUUUUACUUUGCCUUUUUCCCAAUAUUUUCACAUUGUGGAUUUCCACCAAAACAAAACUGCUACGUCUUCUCAAACUGACGUAAAUAAAAAGGUGGAUUUUGGUGAGUUAUACCAAAUGCAUAUUUAAACAGCAUUAGUUUUUAUUUCUAGUGUUCUUUUUCUUUUUGUAAUCAGAAGUGGCAAGUCUAGGCAACUGAUUAAUUCAACUAAAGCCACUAUUUGAAAAAUGUGGGUAAGAAAGGCCUACGAAAAAAGGUCAAAUAAGUAAGCAUUAGUUCCUUCAUUAAAAUAAAAUUCAAAUAGGGGCCCAAGAGUGAACAUGGAGGGGAACACUGCUUUCUCCCCAAGAUGGCCCUAAUAACAUCCCCAGAAGAAGAGAAUUUGCCUGCAUAGAAUGGUAAGCAAGUCUCUCUGCUGAAUCUUAAAACUUGAAGAUCAGAAUAAAUUCUUUAAAUUCUGCAGGUGAAACAGUAAAACCUGCCGAAGUCAUUAACAGGGAGCAGUCUAAGGUUUCGAGCUCCAUCCACUGCAGCAGCGGUGGAAUCCCAGUUAGAAACUGACCUUUUGGUCAUCACAGAAGCGAGCAUUAGUUGUACCUUAAAAUGGUUUUUGAGAUAACAUGAUACAGCCUGAUCAUGAUAAAGCCAGCUAUGCAAUACAGACUGACAAUAUCUAAGAAGAGUUGACUUGAGAUGUGUAAAGAGUUUAUUUAGAUGCUAUGUAAUUUUAAUUUUUGAUAAAUGAGUGAUACCUGUAUUUCUUGGCAUUUCUAUGCAUAGAGAAAUGAAAUGUAGCUAUGAGCACGCAGAAGUAGGCAGCUUGGCAUAAAAGUGCAUGCACGUUGACACAACUAAAACCAGUUGAUUUGAAGGUAAUCAUUUCAUCUAACAUUUCUAAUAAAAGAAUUUCAAAAGAAUGAUAUGAAGAUUUUUUUUAAAAUGUUAGAAAAUCUAUUGUAAUUCUCUGAAUGAAAACUGUUUGUUACAUUAUUUAGUGUCAUGUGUGUGUUUUAAUGUAUUUCUAAUACACUGGUUAACUAAUUAGACUAGACUUAGCCAGACAGAGUGGCAGUGUGGACCUGAGCUAUUUGGUUUCAGUUCAACAUCUCAUCCCUGUACUCAUGCUUUUAUUGCUGCUGGUGUGGAAACUUUGAAGUGAAACCACCGAAGAUGUUAGUCCUGGGCAGCUAAAAUGCAGGCAGACUUGGUGGUCUAGCCAAAAAGAGAAGCCAGAGAAAUGUGAACGUACCAAAGCCACUCAGCCUCCAACUUAAUUUAUACUAAUCAACUUACAGAUAUUCAUGUGAUAACUGUCCUUUGUUAGGUAAGAUGUCAACUGGAUCCAGCAAUUUAUCACUGGCAGUGCUUCUAUUGGUUUAGAAUGUAAGAUUUUAAGAUCUUCCAACACUGUACUAAAACAUUUCAAUAAAGUCCUACUACUACU